CCUGCCAGCUAGUUCCUCUGCGCAUCAACAGGGUGCAGCAGACUCAACUGCCUAGCAUAGUCUUAUCAACACGGAGAAAGGUUACGGCCUUGCAGCACUUAAGAUUACUUAGUUGCACAUUAUCCGUGAUUGUGUUCGCACUGAGUGUAUAGCGUACAAGCAUUUGUCUGUGUUCCACCCAAGGAAUAUAAACAGACUCGAUAUCCUGCCACACCGAGUGGAGGCAGCUAGACUGCCCUGCUGAAUCCCAGACAAAGCUGGGCCUGCACCCUCAUCGAGCUGCAGCACUGCAGCUAUCCCUGUUUCAUACUUUCCAGUUUUUACAUGCCUCUAUCAUAUCAUCCCUCAUUCUCCAGUAUACUAGUGUAGGCAGCUGUAGCACUUUGUCUCUCUUCAUAACACAGGUUCUUGAGUCUCGGAAUCAUCUUUGUCGCUCAUCUCUACAUUUUCCAGAGGUUAUAUCUUUUUUUUUUCUAAUUGGGCUCCAGAUUAUGUUAAUAAAUUCAAAAUGAGGUCUCACUAAUGCAAUAUAAAAUUUCUUAAAAUUUUCUUGGUUUAAAUAGAUGAAAAAUCUUCUGAUAAGUUCCAAUGCUCUACUUGCUUUGUUAAUCUUUUAAUUUAUAUGAUUUUCAAAAUUCAUCCACCAUUAUGCCCAGAUCUUUUUCCAUGUCAGCUCUCUCAAAAGAUACUACUUGACCUUCGUUCCUCAUUGUAUAUUGCUUGUGUUUAUAUGACUUAGACCUUGACACUGUCAUAAUCUUGCACUUCUCAGGGUGAAAUUGAAGUAGCCAUCUCUCUGACCACUCUCGAAGUCUAUUUAUGUAAUUUUGGAGUAUUACUUGUAAACAACAGUGGUCUGACGACACUACCUUGAAGCACUCCACUUGACACCUCUUUCCAUUCUGAUGAUGAACCACCCACAACAACUUGCAGUUUUCUCUCCUAUAGUAAUGCUGAAAUCCACAAAAUGCUGUAGGAGUAAUACAAGUCAACAUGGCCGUUAGUACAUCGAAUGACUAUUAUUUCUUCAAAUUAUAUAUAAUACUUCAAGGUCCAGGAAGAACUGUGCUCAGACAGAUUCUGAAGUAUGGCACUAACAAACCCGACUCCAUCACACUCUUUGAAUACUUGGAUUGUCUUCCAUAUACCUCUACAGCAAACUACAGAUGUUUGUCAAAUAGGGAGAAAAGAAGUAUGUUUACUAGAACGGAAAAGGAGCAACUCCAUGCUGAUCCUUCAUGUGAUAAUAGUGAUAUAACUUUGCUGUUUAAGAUUAUCACUGUAGCAUGUGAGAACGUUGCAUCUAUUAAUGAUAAUGCAUGGAAAAAUCGUAACUGCAUGGAGGGAUUAGUAAAUGAAAUAAAAAAAGAGAGAAACUCAUUAGUCCAUGAGUUUCCCUCACUGACAGCGCAGGAUUUUCAUUGCAAAGUUCGUGAGUUAAAAACACUGUUUUGCAGAACUUUAGAAUUCGCACAGCGGAGAUACAGUAUCCCUGAUGAGAAAAAUAUCAAUAUGAAAGAUGACAUUCUUAAGGAUAUGAGUGAUAUCAUUGACAUAAAAGCAUUUGAAGAACCACAUAUUGGAUUCAUUGAGGAAACAAGGAGAGCCCUGAAAGAGAUAUACAAGCAAGAUCAGUAUUUUGAUCCAUUUAAUUUCUUGAGUGGUUCUCCAAUGAACCGUGUCCAUAUUGAAUCACUAUUCUGUAAUGUUAUCCUUAAAGAAAAAAACACUUGUACUGAGAUUGACUACUCAGACCUCUUGAAACUCAAGGAAUCAUCAAGAGGGACAAUUUCUGAAUCUUCACAGCUUCCACAGAAUAGACAACCAGAACUUAUUAUCAUUAGCGGUGUGGCAGGAAGUGGAAAAACCACAUUGCUCACUUACAUCAUGUCAGAAUGGGUUAAAGAUGAAAGUGAUCGUCAGAUCAAGAACCUGGAGGAGUAUGACAUUGUCCUUAGAGUAUUAUGCCGAGAGAAGGCUAGUAUUUCUCUGAAAAGAUUCUUAGAGGAGAUCAUUCCAGAAGUCUCUACCAAAUUCCAUGAUUCUAUGAUGAAACAACUUAAGGAUUGCAAGGUGCUUUUCCUUAUAGAUGGGAUCGACGAACUAAAUAGUUCGUCAGACCAACUUGUACAUGACAUUCUGAAUUUUGGCAAAUACGUUCCUGGAUUCAAAAUAAUUGCCACCUCUCGGCCCGAGAAAGUUGUUGAUUUUUUGGCCCAGGCAGGACAAACUUACCAAAUCCAGGAAGUGAACAUGGAAGGGAUUGUUCCUAGUGAAAAGGCUAACUGCGUUUUGAAGUAUUACAGCUGUCUUAGUGACAAUCUCAGAAAUCAUGAUCAGCUGAGGAGUCUAUUAGGAAGCAUAGACUUGAGGAAGCAUUUUGGAUUACCUCUGAACCUACUAUUUUUAGCAAAAAUAUUUAAAGACAAGCCGGAUUGUGUUACAAGCAGCAUUUCCCAAUCUAGACUUUACUUCACCAUUCAUGAUUGUUGUGUAGAUAAACUGCAACAAAGACUUGCCAUUGGUAAUAUAAGGGAAACUAGCAGACGAGAACGCAACAUCUGCAUUAGAAAUGUGUUAAAAGGUAUAUAUGAAGUAGCUUUUCAUGGCCUAUUACAAAACACACUGAACCUUUCUGACAAGGAUCUCAGGAAAUUGAGAGACUGCUGUAAGGUAGAGAACCUGCCCUUUGAUGAGGUGAUGGGAUCCUUCCUUUACUUACGGCAGUAUAUUAGAAAUCAUGUUAUCUAUGAAGAAUACUGCCUACCAUCUGAUGGGUUGCAGGAGUAUUUUUUUGCUCAAUAUGUUAUAGAACAUCUUAAUGAUGGUUUUGUUCCUGGGAUCAUAAGGCAUCUCCUUCCAGAUUCCUUGGAGCCAUUAAACAGUGAUAAACUGAGGAAUGCCUUCUUGCAUGUGGCAUGGCUCUUAUCCAAAUCCCAUGAGGCAUCACUUUAUGGGGCAAAAAAUGAGGCUAUGGACAUAAUAGCAGAGACAGGAGUAGAGGGAUGUGAUGCCUGGCUGUCGUUACUAGAUGACGAAAUCAUGGAAGAUGUUUCGGAGCAUAUUGCUCACCAUGUUAAACAAGUCCCUCCUGAUACAACAGUACGGAUAACCGACUCCACACUGUAUAAUAGUAUUGUGCUGCUUCCACUCGUGCCUUUCCAGUGGAUAGAAGUAGACGUACGGCAUCAGCCACUUGACAUGGAUAAGUUUUCCAGAGUAAUGAAAGGUCACAAGUGCACAAAGCUGUUCCUGUGGCAUUAUUACAAGCAUCCCCUACCAGGCACUCCUCUCUCAGACUCCAUACUGCAAAGCGUAGACACGCGAUAUCUUCUUCAGUUUAAAGGUCACCUGAGUGCUGACGCCAUGAAGUUCCUCCCAACAUCCCUGAGACGCCUCUACUUGGGUGUGUCCAGUAAUGAGCAUGCCCGUAGUCUGCUGCCAGCCCUCACCUCUAACCGCCAGGCUCUUCCCAAUCUAGAAUACCUUUUCAUACAUGUCCCGCUGGAAGCAAUAGAACCACAAGUGCUCACUCAGCCAUUGCCUGAUGCUGGUUCACAUCGCUCAGGUGGAGUGGUUCUUACUUUGUCUGGAGUGAAAGGAAGCCAGGUAGAGAAGGCAUGGCGCAUAGCGGCGGCUCUUCAAAACAGGAGAGGGUACUUCGGCAUCCGCUUCCCCGACUGCAAGAUGGACAUUAAGGACUGGAGUCAGCUAAUUGAACACUUGGCAGAGGCAAAAGUCAGAACAGGAGAUGGAAAAAUUGUAGCUCCAGACAUCUCCAUCACGGAAGAGGGAUGGAAAUUUCUGAUGGGUCUCGCUAACAGGAAGCUCGAAUGUGACUUUGACACAUAUUUUAUUAAUUACAAUCAGCGGAGGUGUGGAGAUGCAGCUUUUCACAUUGCUGAUCAUUGGCAACAACAGGACUUUGUAUAUCAACUGCAUAAACUUUGCUGAGUGCCUGAAGACAUGCUGUGGAAGGGAUUGUGGCCUGAAGAAGAUGACUGAUUCAGUCUCUCCUCGUUGAUGUGAAGGACGUUGUCGUACACUCGAGAGAACUGAAUUCGUAGAAAUUACAGUACCUUACCUUAAAAAGUGCCGUGUCUUUGAUGUCGGCAACUAUGGAACCACCACCUCUCCCGAUCUUCUGUCUCUCAAUACGUAUAUCAUGCGGCCUCCUGUUGUCUCCAGUACCUUGUACUAAGCUGUUCAGGUAUUUCACUCUGUUUCCCUUUGUCUCUUGCAAUGGAAUGUAGGAAUUAAGAGAGAAAAAUAGAAACUUUUCAAAUUAUAAAUAAAUUUUCUGAAGAAAUUUUUCUGUAUAUAUAUAUAUAUAUAUAUAUAUAUAUAUAUAUAUAUAUAUAUAUAUAUAUAUAUAUAUAUAUAUAUAUAUAUAUAUAUAUAUAUAUAUAUAUAUAGAUACAGUAGUACCUUGAUAUAUGAGUUUAAUUCGUUCUGUAACUUAGCUGGUAAGUCAGUCUACUUGUAUGUCAAAUGAAUUUUCCCCAUUGAAAUGAACUGUUCCAACCCUGUAAAAACAAAAAUCCCCAAACCACUCAAAAUUAUGAAAAAAAGUUUUCAGUUAAGAAAUACACAUGUAUAUUUUACCAAUGCAUAAAAAAAAUAUACAUAUAUAAAAU